UUUACAUCACAUUUGCUCGAAUGUUUUGCUUUGGUUUUGCUGCGCUUUUCGGACCAAAGAAAGCUAAAACAAACAGUUUUUGCAAAACAUUUGAGCAAAUUUAAGCGUUAAUUAGAAGGUUAAAGUUUAGCAUAACGCCAAGGUUAUAUUUAAGUAUUGAAUAAGCCUCCACUUAAAAGGAAAAUGACCGUAGAAGAUAUGAAGGUGCUUGAAGCGGAUCUUGAAAGAGAAGAGUUGGAGGCUGCAAUUGGAACUCCACUGCAGGCUCAGAAAUACACACAACUUCUGGCCAUAUAUCUUUACCACAAUGACUUAUGCAAUGCCAAAAUGUUGUGGAAAAGGAUUCCCGAGGCAGUCAAACUUGCAGACGAAGAAUUGAAUGCUGUGUGGAGAAUAGGCCAGAGAAUGUGGCAAAGGGACUUCUACUUGAUGCAUUUGGCUUUAGCCCAGACAGACAGCUGGACAGAGCCCGUCGCUCCUAUCAUGGAUGCGUUGAAAGGUCAAGUCCGAAGCCGUGCGCUGGAGUUGAUUGGUUCUGCUUACUCUUCCAUCACAAUCGAGUCACUGGCCAGACUUUUGGGCGAGACGCCUGCCCAAGCUGUGGCCUCUGCUGCUUCUCAACCUGGCUGGCAGAUCGUGGAAGGAAACAUGGUGUUGCCCAAGAAGCCGGCUCCAGCUCCAGGGCCACCUCUGACCAGCGAAGACCAACUAGACAAACUUACUGAAUUUGUUUCUUUCCUUGAAAACUAAGCUUAAUAAUUCUAUCAUUAACAAAGGUAUGUCAAAUAAAUUAAAAGUCAACAACGGAAACCUUAAGUUUUACAUCUA